CCGGAUUCCUCUGGAUUCCAAAAACGCCGAAUCCUCCAACAACAACACCACGCACAGUCGGUGCUACACGUGUGGGAUACCACCCCUGUUACUGCCGGAUAAGUGUGGUCUUGGAAGAGUUGCCCUAGAAUUCAUCAAUUAGUAAACCAUUAAGAAUGAAGAUAGAAGUCAAGACAAAAAAGAAACCUGCUGUACCUUCAGUAAAGACAAUGGGGGUCAAAAAGAAAGCCACAGCAUCUUCUGGAGUUGCAGUGAAGGGGAAGAAGGCAGCCAUUAAAAAGGUGGGGAAGACGGCAGCCAUUACAAAGGAGGGGAAGACGGCAGCCAUUACAAAGGAGGGGAAGAAGGCCGUUGCAUCAUCUGCAAAGGAAGCAGUAGCCAAAAAGAAGACAGCCAAGGUGACUCCAGCUACUAAGAAGGAUACUGUCGUAGAUUCAACGGAGAAGGUGGAUGUCAAGCCCAAAAAGGUGAAGAAGGGAAAGCAAAUGGAGAAGGCAUUUUGCACUUCAGCAGUGAAAGCAGGACCCAAGAAAAAGCAAAAGGUGGAUGAUAAAGGCAGUAAACCCGAAGGAAAAAAGAAGAGGAUGAGGAGAAAGAGUCGCAAGCCAAAGAUUAGGAAAACGAAAAUUGCUGAAGAGACACAAGCGAAGCCAGAGGAGGAGGAGAAACCAGAAUCUACAGGGAAUCAGAAACGCAAGAUCGAUAGCAAUGACAGUGGGAGCCCUGCUAAGAAGCAGAAGGUGGCUAAGAAGAAGAAACCGGAGCCUGCAGAUAAGGAGAUGGAAUUGACAGGAGAACUCUACAAAAUUUUCUGCAAGCGAAGGGACAAUUUGAAGGAUCGAGUCCUGUAUGCCAUGGUGGAGAAUUUUAAGCUUGGUUACUAUUCUAAGCCCCCUGCAGUGUUUGAUAGUGCACAGCAUGUUAGAAUAUGUGCAGAGAAAGGUUUAUUCUAUUUGGAAUAUAAGACAAAAAAGGAGGCGGAGAAGCAUAAGUUAAUAUUAGAGAACAACAGUUUGAUCAAGCAUGUAAAUUCCAUGUCCAAGAAAAGUGAUGACAGAGAGACAGAUGGCAUCCUAAAAGUGCACCCCAGAAAGUUAUUCAUUGCAAAUGUGCCACCGCAUAUAAAACGUGACAUGUUGGCAGCUAGUUUCCCAACAGCUAAGCAUGUUCGUGUUCUACCCAAGACACGUUGUGCAUAUCUGAUUUACAAGACAAAAGAGGAAGCAGAAGAUGCUUUUGUAAUAUCUGAUAAUGUCCAGGUUAAGGGUAUGAAGUUGACAGUCCUGUAUCUAUCGACCCGGAAGGCUGAGGAGCUGGUUGCAUUAAAGAAAAUUAACGAACAUCAUAGAUUUCCUCAAAGUUAUAUGAAACCUGCAUCAUUUGGCAGGACAAGCAAUCAUGAUAUUGCAAAGCUAAAAUCUGUACAGGCAAGGAAGAAGCAACUGAACAGUUUGGAAUCACAAACUGACAGCUCUAAGAAGAAUGAUCAUAUACUGUUAACAACUAAGAGCAGGAAAAAGUGUCGUUACAACACAUUGAAAAGGCAUGACAAUAUCAAGAAUGAUUUUGAGGAGGGGAGUCAGUAUAUGGCCAUACCAAUAGGUGAUACUAUUCCAAACCAGGAAAACAGGAAAAUGCCCAUUCUGAAGUUUGAGCUAACUCACCAGCCAGUGGCCGAAGGAACCACCAUGAUGGAACCACAAAGAAAAUUUAUAAUAUUUCAAACAGUCUGCAGUCUUCUCAAGAUGAAUGACUUGGCACAUUUAAUCACAAGAUCACAGGUUAGUAAAUUUGUAAAAAUGAAGCUAGAAGUCAAAAAUAAGAAGAAACCAGCAGCUCCUUCAGUAAAGACAGUGGGGAUCAAGAAAAAGGCCUCAGCACCUUCAAGAGUUGCUAAGAAGGGGAAGAAAGCAACCACUACAGAGGGAGUGAAGAAGGCUAUUACAAAGGAGGUGGAGGUCAAGAAGGUUAAGACGGCCAACCCCUCUCCAGGAGUUAAGAAAAAAGCUGCUGUAGGGUCAGCAGCGAAGGUGGAUAAGAAGAAGAAGAAGGCAAACAAAGAAGCCAAUGUUACUUCAGGAAAAAAUAAAGAGACAGCAGGUGAUACAACCUCAACGGGGAAAGCAGGAAUCAAGAGAAAGCAGGAGAAAGAAAACAACAGCAUAAAUGCAGGAGAAAAGAAGAAAGUUAGGAAGAAAAGAAAUGCCAGAAAGCAGAAAAGCCAGGUUGAUGAUGGGAAGCCUGGAAAGAAAGGAAACAAGGCAGAGCCUAAUCUGAUGAAACUACAAGGAGAACUCUGUGAAAUCUUCUGGAAUCGAAGCUUAGAAGUUAAGGCACGAACCCUCAUUGUGGCAAUGAAAAACUUUACUGCCAACCAAAGCUCUGAUCCAGUUUUUGAGAGUGCACAUCGGAUCCAAACAAAUAAACUGAAAAAAUUGCUGUUUUUGGAAUAUAAGACAAAGGCGGAGGCAAAAACAAUGAAGAAUGUCCUACAAAAGAACAGUCAGAUCAAAUAUGCAAAAUUCAUGAACAGGGUAAGCAAAGAACAGAAGAGACCUGAUACCAUUACGGUACACCCCAAAAGGUUGUACAUUGGAAAUGUGCCAAGUGAGGUGACAGUGGCAGACUUGAAGAUGAAGUUCCCAACAGCUCUUUCUGUUAUUGUCACGCACAGUAAAGGCAAGGCAAAAUUGAUCUUCAAAAACAAAAAAAAGGCAAGAGAGGCCUUUGAAGCAUCCUCCAAUGUCUGGUACAAUGGUGUGAAGUUGACCGUCCUGUAUUUCAUGCCUCAUGGAAAGCCUGGAGGGAUCAAGAUGAAGAGCACUGAAAGGAACACAGAGGGACCAACCAAAAAAAAUGUGAAGGUGAACAACACCAGUCCCAAGAAGAAAAAGAAAAAUCAGAAGACAGAGUAAUUACUUGUUAAGGGGGCAGGACGUUUUCUUUUUUCUUUUUCUUAUGCAUGGGAAACUUCUAUAUUUUCCAGAAUAAAAAUACAAGAAGUAAAA